AUGCGGUGGGCAUUACUCUGGAUCGGACUAACUAUCGUCAUUCUUUCCUGGCUGAAACUUCGUGCCCCCCCUGAUCUUUUGACAGAGGGACCCCAGCCGGCCUGGGACAACCAACAGACAGAGAGUGACCAGCAGGCCUGGAACAAUCUCAACGACAUCCAGAAUGGAACUCUAGGGGUUCAAAAAGUCUUCGUUAUCAACUUCCCAGAUCGAACAGAUAAACGGGAUAACAUUAUCUUGGCCUCCUCGCUGAGCGGAUUUGUUGUCGACAGUGUUGAUGGUGUGAGCCCAGAAGGAAUCAACCCCAAAACAUAUCCAUACAACUGGAAUUAUGACCAUUCAUCGAUCGAUUAUGCCCGCCGGCGAGCGCAUUUAAAUGUCAUGCAACAGAUUGUUCAGCAAAGGCUUCAGAGUGCCAUAGUUAUGGUAGAUGAUGCCGACUGGGAUGUAUCCAUUAAAACUCAACUUCAAAGCUUCGCUGUCGCAAUCCGAUCGCUUCAAGGGACGCAUCACAACUCCACCUUUUCCCCUUAUGGUGACGACUGGGAUAUCCUUUGGUUGGGACACUGCGGAGUUACUUGCAAGACCAACCAACCCUACUUCGUCACCCCACACGACCCGACUAUUCCUAUGCCCCGCCACUUCCUUCCUUAUUGGCGCGAUCCUCCAGACUUCGAGGGAUUUGAGCGGCCAGAUCAUGCACGUCUCACAUGUACUGCUAACGACGCUGCCUGUAUACGAUUCUACGCUGUCAGCUACCGUGGUGCUCAGCGCAUUCUAUCUGCUCUCUCGGUCAGUCCAGGCGGGCUCGCUGAGCAGAUUGAUAUCGGGGCUGAACUAGACGUGUCUUUGGGUCGUAUGUGUGGCCAUGGGUACCUCCAAUGCUUUGCUCCAUACCCCUCCAUGACAGGAGGUUAUAAGCCCGCCGAGUACUCAAAACAGCCUCUUGAUACGGAGGAUGAUGUCGCUCUAGAGUUCUUUGAACAUGCCAGAAGUUGGGGCGUGAUGUACAGCAUAAUGCUCAAUAUCAACAACAUCUUGAAUGGCAACCAAUUUGUCCAUGCAACAUGGGACGAUGUGGAUGUGCCAGAUGCUAUCCCUGAGGAGAUAUAUCUGAAGAGAGGGAUGAUGAAUAGCCCCGGGCCACACAAGGAACCCAUUCCAUAUGCUAUUAAACAGUGGAGAAAGCAUGUCCACAUAUCUCUCGAUGAACCUUACCUUGAAGGAGAAUGA